AUGCUGGUGGCCAUGGAGACAGGCCAGGGAGCUGGCCUGAGCACUCCUGCCCACAAGGAAGGGGACCUGCAGGCACUGUUGCAGGAACUCUGCCACCUGCAGGCUAAGAACAAGAAGCUGAAGAGAGAGGUUGAGAAACACAAGCUUUUUGAAGACUACCUGAUUAAGGUCCUUGAGAAAAUCCUGAAAGAGUGGGGACCUGCUAAGGCUGACGCCACAGUGGUGGAGAGGGCACAGGUGCCUGGUCCCAACCCCAGCGCCACCGUCGCUAAACGUGUGGCCUCUGGCAAGUUCUCAAGGCUACAAAGAACGGGAGGAGCUGGAGGAGGCCCUUGUGGAGGCCAGGACGUCCAGAAGCAUCUGGCGGCCUUCUCCCAGAUGAACCUGGCCGUCCUCCAGAGCCUGGAGUCUCUAGAGGAGAGCCAUAGGGCUCUUGUGCCAGUAACAGUUGCCUGA